GGGCUCUCCGCCGACUAUCCUCGCUCGAGCCUCGAAUUACGCCACUCAUGUGCCCGGUUUGUUGUUCAUGUUCCUUGAGCAAACACCUUCUACUCUCGUUGCGAUAGAAGGCGCCUCAUAUCCCUGACUGCAAACAAUCCUACAUUUUUAGUCGUUCGCUGUUUUCUUGGGGUCUGAACGCUGGUCGGACAACCCCUUAUCGUGAUCAAGACAAUUAAUUCACCCUGCGUCCUCAUGUCGAACCCGUUGACUACCAUGUUCUCCUAUCUGCGCAUUCCUAUAUUCGCUUCUUCUGGACUCGCCGCUCUGGGCAGCAGUCUCCUCUAUUUCAAACAGAACGACCUCAUCUAUCCCGCAAAUCUACCUGCUGGUGCGCGGACGAACGUGCCCACGCCCGAACAGUUCAACAUCACACAAGCAGAGUCGAUCAAAUUUCCUACGCCCGACGGUGAGACUCUGCACGCCUAUCUCCUUCGACCCCCGACUCCCUCGCUGAAGAAGAAUAUCACUCUCAUAACCUUCCAUGGCAAUGCCGGAAAUGUCGGCCAUCGACUCCCCAUUGGCAAAGUCCUGUCCGAAAGUCUAGGCUGCCACGUCUUCAUGGUAGAGUAUCGAGGCUAUGGUUUGUCCACUGGCUCGCCAGAUGAGAACGGACUGUCCAUCGACGGACAGACAGCACUGGACUAUGUGCGCAACCAUGAAGAGCUGAGAAAGACAAACAUCGUUCUGUAUGGCCAAAGUUUGGGUGGUGCGCUUGUUGUGAAGCUGCUGCAGACCAACGAGCAGGCCGGCGACAUCGCAGGCGUGAUCCUAGAAAACACCUUCCUGUCUAUUCGGAAACUGAUCCCCAGUGUGAUGCCACCAGCCAAGUUUAUUGCAUACCUCUGCCAUCAGAGGUGGAACUCGGAGGAAUUGAUGGCCAAAGUGACAGACAAAGACAUUCCAAUUCUGUUUCUGUCCGGUCGCAAGGACGAGAUCGUGCCGCCGUCAAUGAUGAAGACUCUGUACGAGACGUGUCCCACAAGAAAGAUCUGGAAAGAGUUCCCCAAUGGCGACCACAACUCAACGGUUGCAGAGGCGGGCUAUUUCGACGCUAUCUGGGAAUUUCUGGUCCAGGAGGUACUAAAAGGUCGCCGGAAAGAGAACGUCCAGCGGGGUGACACAGACGUCAAGCGGGACGAGCUUUGGAGCUGAUGGAGUACGCAAGG